AACUAAUCCUUGCAAAAGGAUACCAUACAGGGUAUUAAGACUUUUCGCUUGUCAUUGAUUUUGAGGCAAAGGCUGCACAAGAAAUCAAAUGUGAGAAAAAUUCAAUUUUAACAAGUUCUGCAGUAUAUCAUCUAUUUCAAGCUGGAUAUGUUCAUAAGAUAGCAAAAAGCUGACGGAUUCACAUGCUUCACUUGAAACAAGGUUUGUAGUUCAUGAUAACGAAACUGUCAUUUAGGUUUGAGAAAAUCUCCGCCCGAAAGCUUUACUGCUGUUACUGUGAGCUGCUGAGUAACCAUAAGUUGUGCCAAAUCAAAGAAUUAGCCAUUGUUCCAUGCAAUCAUCUCAAAAAAGUACCGUUAUGGAUGGGUCUCACAGUUGUUAUGAUCAAUCUAUACUAGAUCAGGGGUCCUAUUGCUGGCAUCUGAAUAAGAAUGUAGGCCAGUAUCCAUUUUCUGAUGAUGGCAACCAAGAGAUACAUCUUUCAGCUGAGACACUUGAACAGCAGUGCACCCUUCUAUCUUCAUCUGGAACUGGUGGUUACUCUGUUCAGUCUACUACUAGUUUUUCCCCAAAUGAAAGUGCAAUUUCACAGCUAAAUUCUCAGUCAUGCCUAGUGGAUCUGCAUGAUUCCUCUGAGAAUACCAGCGGUUCAUCAGAUAUAGACUCUUAUGUUACCCACAAGCUGAGAGAACUGGAAACUGCAAUGCUGGGUCCUAUAGAUGAUCUUGACAUAUAUAAUAUAAUGACUCCAGCUGGAUGCGACCAAAUCACAUCCGUGGAAGAGAAGUUUAAGUUUUUGGUAGAGAUGAUGUCCAGGGGCGAUUUAAAAGAAGCACUUUGUGCUUGUGCUCAAGCAGUUGCAGAUAAUGAUAUGCUUACAUUUGAAUGGCUAACGACAGAGUUACGUCAGAUGGUAUCAGUUUCUGGUGAGCCAAUUCAACGUUUGGGAGCCUACAUGCUGGAAGGCCUUGUUGCAAGGUUGGAAUCUUCAGGAAGUAAUAUAUACAAAGCACUAAGAUGCAAGGAGCCCGCAAGUGCUGAGCUUUUCUCUUACAUGCAGAUACUCGCUGAAGUCUGCCCAUACCUCAAGUUUGGGUAUAUGUCAGCAAAUGGAGCAAUUGCUGAAGCAAUGAAAGAUGAAAGUAAAGUCCAUAUAAUUGAUUUUCAAAUUUUACAAGGCUACCAGUGGGUCACCUUAAUCCAGGCUCUUGCUGCUCAACCUGGAGGGCCUCCGCAGAUUCGACUUACAGGCAUUGAUGAUCCAACAUCAGCAUAUGCUCGUGGAGGAGGACUUGAUAUAGUGGGGCAAAGACUAUCGAGGCUUGCUGAAUCAUGUAAUGUACCCUUUGAGUUCCAUGCUGCUGGAGUUUCUGCUUCUGGAAUUCAACUGGAGAAUCUUGGAAUUCGAGAUGGUGAGGCUAUUGCAGUUAAUUUUGCAUUAGCACUUCAUCACUUGCCAGAUGAAAGUGUGGGCACCCAAAAUCAUCGGGACAGGCUGUUGAGGUUGACUAAGAGCUUAUCUCCCAAGGUUGUAACUCUUGUUGAGCAAGAAUCAAAUACUAAUACUGCUCCGUUCCUUCCCCGUUUCAUAGAGACAUUGAACUAUUAUUUGGCUAUCUUUGAAUCAAUUGAUGUUACUCUACCAAGGGAGCACAAGGACCGGGUCAAUGUUGAGCAGCACUGUCUUGCUGGGGAGGUUGUCAACGUUAUAGCAUGCGAGGGUGCUGAGAGAGUGGAGCGUCAUGAACUUCUGGGUAAGUGGCGAUCAAGGUUUACCAUGGCUGGGUUUACACCCUAUCCAUUAAGCACUUUUGUGAAUGCUACUAUCAAAACUUUGCUGGAGACCUACUCCAAGAAGUACACUCUUGAAGAACGAGAUGGAGCUGUAUAUCUUGGCUGGAUGAACCGACCUAUGAUUGCUUCUUGUGCAUGGAGUUGAUAAACAGAUGAUAUUUGAGGGACAUGUAUGCUUCAGACAGCUUUUGAGGCAAGAUCAUUUCAUCAUGUUUGUAGUUUAAAUAGCAUAACUUGAGUCAUCAAUGGAUUAUCUAGUAAUGAUGAAUUGGUUAAUUUGCAAUAUAAAGGCUCUUUAAUCAUCAA